CCUCAUAUUUCAUGACCUAUUGGGCGGAGACCUUAUCUGAACCGCAAAUGCUCCCUUUGUAACAAGUACAGCACACUUCGAAGAUGCAAUCGGUUAUUGACAAGAGUGAAACGCUCUGUUGAGUUUUAUUCGUCGUGGAUCCGAGACAAUGGCCAAUCCUUUAGACAAGAAAGACCUUCCCGAGGUUCAUUCACCUCAUCCAAAUGGGGUUUAUCCCGCAUUCAAACAUCUCAAAGAGGACACCAAUGGUGCCACAAUUCAGGCUCAAGAUCGGGUGGAUCCCCUAACCGAGGUCAUUGGAGAAUACGGGCCUUGGCAACUCAAAUGGCAUUUUCUCCUUGGUGUGACGACCAUUUUUCAUGGGUGGCAAAUGAUGUCCAACAAGUUUCUUACCUAUAAGAGUGAUUACUGGUGCGCACCCCCAGAGACAAUGCUUAAUGGGUCCUUGAUUUAUCCCAAGGAGCAAUGGAUCAACAUUUCCACUCCCUUGGAUUUCGACGGGAGACUAGACUUCUGUCACGUGUUCGAUGUGGAUUAUGACAGUUUUCAUCAAGACCGUCCAGAAGAAAGUAGUCCAAUUCGACCGUGCCACCAUUGGCAUUAUGACCACUCCCUUUUUCAGGACACAAUCAUCCAACGGUGGGAUUUGGUGUGUCAACGUCAGCAUUUGCCCCGGAUGAUCCAAAUGGGAUUUUUUGCGGGUAACUUUGUGGGUGUGAGCUUGAGUGGACCCGUGGCGGAUUAUUUCGGUCGGAAGAUCGCCUACAUGUCUUUUGUGACGAUGUGGAUCUUGGCCAGUGUCUCCAGCUAUUUCACGACUAACUUGUAUGCCUGGGCGGCGUGUCGUUUUGUCAUCGGUGGCUGCAGUCUGGCUUAUGUUAAUGUAGCUUCGGUGCUUGCGGUGGAAUUGACCAAUGGCAAAUGGAGGUCCAUCACUGGACACAUCUUUGGGGAGUUGAUGUGGAAUCUUGGAAUCAUUUCUUUGGGCGGACUCGUAUAUGUUUGCAGAGACAUGCAUACUCUAGAGUUGAUCAUGGGAUCGUGCUUGAUUCCGGCUCUAUUGUUGUGGUAUUUCCUCCCAGAGUCGCCUCGAUGGCUUCUCUCUCAAGGCAAGUUUGAUGAGGCCAAAUUGGUCAUGGGAUCGGCUUGCAUCGCCAAUCGGAAACCCAUCAGACCCAUUGAAGAAAUCCUCGCUGUCAAUCAAAGAAACUACGAAGAGGCCGUGAUGGCCAGUGGCGAUAAAUCCAAGCAAAGCUCAUUCCUCGACUUGUUCCGAUAUCCCGGCAUACGACGGAACACAAUCCUGGUCGGCUUCGCUUGGUUGAGUUUCAGCAUGGGUUACUUCGGUCUUUUCUAUAACACACCCACUUUUGGCAUGAAUGUGUUCCUGGUCUUCAUUUUCCCGGCCUUAGUCAUGAUUCCAGCCUCGAUCAUCCAACCCUGCAUUGAGAACAAAAUCGGCCGAAAAACAUCCUUGACCGUGUCUUUGCUGACAGCGGGCGUCAUGCUUCUGGUCACCGCCGCUUUACCUCAAGACUCCACAGCCAUCGUCAUUUGUGCUUGGAUCGGAACGAUCGCGUGCUCAUUCUCCUUUGGGGUGGGCUACACAGUCACCCGAGAGCUGUUCCCAACGGUCCUGCGAACUACGGCCAUGAGUUUCUCGUCGGCCAUGGCGAGAGUCGGGUCGUUCGUGUCGCCCUUCAUCGCCAUGUUGGACGAUCAUGGGUCUGAAGUUCCCUUACUCGUGUAUGGGGGAAUUGUGUUUGUGGCUGGAUGCCUGAGCCUUUGGAUCUGGCCGGAGACCAGGAAGAUUCGAUUGCCGGAGUCGUUGGAGGAUUGUGAGCGAGUGGCAUCCUCACCCAAUUCGUGGUUCAAGCUCUGUCUAUCCCAGCCGAAAGACCCACUGAGUCAUUCGACUGAACUUAAAUGAUCACCUACUUCUAGAUGGAAACGCCGUGCCCAAAGGGACCGUAAGCAAUCGUUUGUUUGACAGAAUGCAGCGUAGGAAUAAAGUUUUGAUGCCUCUUUA